AUGACUGGAACAAGCAAGACGGAUCAGAAAGCGGCAUUGGACAUAGCAUCAUGGCUAUUCAAUGUUGUAACUUCGGUUGGAAUCAUCCUCGUAAACAAAGCCUUAAUGGCUACUUAUGGCUUUAGUUUCGCUACAACAUUAACCGGUUUGCAUUUCGGGACAACCACAUUGCUCACAACGUUCUUGACAUGGCUUGGUUACAUCCAGCCUUCUCAGCUUCCGUGGCCCGAUCUUUUGAAAUUCGUUUUGUUCGCAAACUUCUCAAUCGUUGGGAUGAACGUCAGCCUCAUGUGGAACUCUGUCGGAUUCUACCAGAUAGCGAAGCUGAGUAUGAUCCCGGUUUCUUGUCUUCUAGAAGUUGUUCUUGACAACGUCAGGUAUUCAAGAGACACAAAGCUUAGCAUUUUGUUAGUUCUUGCUGGUGUUGCCGUCUGUACUGUAACCGAUGUUAGUGUCAACCUCAACGGGUUUCUCGCCGCCGCUAUCGCUGUCUGGAGCACUGCGCUUCAGCAAUACUAUGUACAUUAUCUACAACGGAAAUAUUCACUCGGUUCUUUCAAUUUACUGGCGCAUACGGCUCCGGUACAAGCUGCAUCAUUGUUGUUGGUCGGUCCAUUUCUAGACUAUUGGUUGACUAACCAACGAGUGGAUGCAUACAACUUCUCUUUUAUCUCUCUGUUCUUCUUGAUACUCUCGUGCAGUAUCGCGGUGGGAACGAAUCUGAGCCAAUUCAUCUGUAUAGGGAGAUUCACGGCGGUGUCAUUUCAAGUACUUGGUCACAUGAAGACGAUUCUGGUUUUGGUUUUGGGAUUCACUUUCUUCGGGAAAGAAGGUUUAAACGUACAAGUAGUAGUUGGGAUGCUCAUUGCGAUCCUCGGUAUGAUCUGGUACGGUAACGCAUCUUCUAAACCGGGCGGUAAAGAGCGUCGUAGCCUCUCUAUUCCCAUAACCAAGACACAGAAACUCGAAACGAGCGAAUCUGAUGAAAAGGUCUAA